GUGACGCCCACUUUCCCGGCAUGCAGCGGGUGAUGUCUGAGGAAAGAUGGCGGAAGGAGGAGCGGCUGAUCUGGAUACCCAGAGAGGAGAGGUCGCGGCACUGUUGAAAACACAGCUAAGAAAGGGAGACACUUGGUACCUUGUGGACAGUCACUGGUUCAAACAGUGGAAGAAAUAUGUGGGAUUUGACAGUUGGGACAAAUACCAGAUGGGAGACCAGAACGUCUACCCAGGACCUGUUGACAACUCUGGCCUUCUCAGAGAUGGGGAUGUGUUGGCCAUCAAGGAGCACCUCAUUGAUGAGCUGGACUACAUCCUGGUCCCCACCGAAGGCUGGAAUAAGCUGGUCAGCUGGUAUGGACUGACAGAAGGUCAGGAGCCAAUCGCUCGCAAGGUGGUGGAACAGGGUAUGUUCGUGAAGCACUGCAAGGUGGAGGUGUACCUGACGGAGCUGAAGCUCUGUGAAGACAGCAACAUGGAUAAUGUGAUCACCAGACGCUUCAGUAAAGCUGACACAAUAGACAUGAUAGAGAAAGAAAUGAGGAAGCUGUUCAGCAUCCCUGAUGAGAAGGAGACCAGGCUGUGGAACAGGUACAUGAGCAACACCUUCGAGCCUCUCAACAAACCUGACAGCACCAUCCAAGACGCAGGCCUCUAUCAAGGACAGGUUCUCGUAAUAGAGCAGAAGAAUGAGGAUGGCACAUGGCCCCGAGGCUCCACGGCACCCAAGUCAUCUGGUGCUUCCAAUCUCUCUGCUUUGCCAAAGAUCUCGCCUUCAUCUCUCACAAACAAUCAUAACAGCAGCUUCAACAGCAGGAAUGUGAAGAAUUCAAGCUAUAGUCUGCCGUCCUACCACCCCUACAGCAACAGCUAUGACUACUCAGACCAGAGUAGACAGAGUGAGCGCUCAGGCCUCUGUGGACUCUCCAACCUGGGCAACACCUGUUUCAUGAACUCUGCUGUGCAGUGUUUAAGCAAUAUCCCUCCACUGACGGAGUACUUCCUCAAAGACAAGUACACAGACGAGCUUAACGAGGACAACCCGCUGGGUAUGAAGGGUGAGAUCGCCAGAGCCUACGCCGAGCUCAUCAAGCAGCUGUGGUCGGGAAAAUACAGCUACGUCACCCCAAGGCCUUUCAAGACCCAGGUGGGCCGCUUUGCCCCCCAGUUCUCGGGCUACCAGCAGCAGGACUCCCAUGAGCUCCUGGCCUUCCUCCUGGACGGCCUUCACGAGGACCUGAACCGCAUCAGGAAGAAGCCCUACAUCCAGCUCAAGGACGCUAACGGACGGCCCGAUAAGGUCGUGGCAGAGGAGGCCUGGGAGAACCACAUUAAGCGGAAUGACUCCAUCAUUGUGGACAUCUUCCAUGGCCUUUUCAAGUCGACUUUGGUUUGUCCUGUGUGCUCCAAGGUGUCCGUGACCUUCGAUCCUUUCUGCUACUUGACUCUGCCGCUGCCCAUGAAGAAGGAACGAACACUGGAGGUUUAUCUAGUCAGGUUGGACCCUCUGGCCAAACCCACACAGUACAAGCUGACCGUGCCAAAGGUGGGCUACAUCUCUGACCUGUGUACCUCCCUCUCCAGCCUGUCUGGGGUUCCUGCUGAGAAGAUGAUUGUAACCGACAUCUACAACCACCGUUUCCACCGGAUCUUCGCCACAAACGAAAACCUCAGCAGCAUUAUGGAGAGAGAUGAUAUCUACGUCUUUGAGGUGGCAGUGAACAGAGUGGAGGACACGGACCACGUAGUGAUCCCAGUGCACUUGAGGGAAAAGUACAAACAGUCGGGCUACAACCACACCAGCACGCCGCUGUUCGGACAGCCCUUCCUCAUUGCCGUCCCCAGAACCCUCAGCGAAGACAAACUCUACAACAUGCUGCUGCUGCGCCUCUGUCGGUUUGUGCGAUCUUCUGCAGAGGAAGAUGAGGAGGACUGUGAAGAGACACAACCAUCCAAACAACACACUGUUAAUGGAAAUGCCACUAAUGGACUGCUGGAGGAGGGUUCACCAAGUGAGAUGGAGACCGAUGAGCAGGAUGACGAGUCGAGCCAAGAUCAGGAGCUGCCCUCUGAGAAUGACAACAGCCAGUCAGAGGAUUCUGUGGGCGGAGACAACGAACUGGAGAACGGCGUAGUCGGUCCGCAGAACUCCACCAAAGGCCAGCAGACAGCCGGGAACAACAGAAAGAGACUUUUUACAUUCCAGUUCAAUAACAUGGGCAAAACGGACUUCUCCCUCAUCAAGGAGGACACCCGGCAGAUCCGCUUUGACGAGGGACACCUCCGACUUAGUGAUCGCUCUUAUCUCUCCUUGGACUGGGAACCAGAACUCAAGAAGAAGUAUUUUGAUGAGACUGUUGCUGAGGAUUUUGACAAACAUGAGAGCAUGGAGUACAAACCUCAGAAGAAGGCUUUCUUCAAGCUGAAGGACUGCAUCGAACUGUUCACCACAAAGGAGAAACUGGGAGCAGAGGACCCUUGGUACUGUCCAAACUGUAAGCAGCACCAACAGGCCACUAAGAAGCUGGAUCUGUGGUCUCUGCCACCGGUGCUGGUCGUCCAUCUCAAACGAUUCUCCUACAGUCGCUACAUGAGGGACAAACUGGACUCGCUUGUUGACUUCCCGCUCAGAGAUCUGGACAUGUCGGAGUUCCUGAUCAACCCCAACGCGGGGCCCUGUCGCUACGACCUCAUCGCUGUGUCCAACCACUACGGCGGGAUGGGAGGAGGCCACUAUACUGCGUACGCGAAGAACAAAGACGACGGAAAGUGGUACAACUUUGAUGACAGCAGCGUGUCUCCUGCCAACGAAGAUCAGAUAGUGUCCAAAGCAGGAUACGUGUUGUUCUACCAGCGUCAGGACACGGUGAAAGGCACCGGCUACUUCGCCCUCGACCGCGAGGAGGAGGACGAAGAAGAGGAGGAGGAGGGCGAGGAGGAGGAGAACGAGAACGAGGGCGAGGAGAGGCAGGAGAGGAAGGCCGCCUCGUCAACUCGGGGGGCUUCGUCCGCCACCGCCACUGCUGCUGCCGCCAUUCAAAGCGACGAGGAGGAUCUGAACGAGAACCGACGCCGGAAGAACGACAACGAGCAGGAGGACGAAGAGGAGGAGGAGGAGGAGGAGGAGGAAGAAGAGGAGGAGGAGGAGGAGGAGGAGCAGGCGGCCAAUCAAGACGUCGCCAUGAAAACCAACUGAGGUAAAGCUGGGGGAACAGGGAUAAACGGAGAGAGAGAGAACGGGAUCUUUCCAUCCAAAGCCAUAUGGACACUUGGCAUGGCGGCGGCGCCACCAUCAGUCCCACCCAGCGGCUCGGACUCAAACCGCUCGACGGGCGGAGCCACUGCGGGGACGUUUGGUCGGGGGAGCCGCUGGGGGUACGCAACUCUAAGAAAUCAGGGCCCUCCUCUGUGGUUGGAUCACUGUGUGUGUGUUUGUGUGCAAAGUGUGAGUGUGUUGCCACGUCCAUUCGUUUAGAAUUUGCUACAAAAAUAAAAGACGACACUCGGGAUCGAUUCUGAGGCUUCGACGCACUUCAGUGUAGCGCUCCGAAUCUCCCUCUGCUUCUUUUUUUGUUGUUUUCUUUUUUUAUAUAAAUAUAUUUUUGAGAGCAAUGCAUUGUUGGCAUAUCAUUUUAGUACCAUUUAGAUUUUGUAAAUAUUUUAAAACACUGAAUUAUGUUGAGUUUUCAUGAUGCGCUGAAACAUUUUUGAACUUGCACAAUCACCAACCCAUCCACCUUUUUUUUUUUCUUUUUUUAAUGUAUUAAUGCCAGAUAUACUGCAAUUUAACAACCACUUAGUCUCUCAGAGGGUUUUUCUCACUUUAAAAAAAGCUUAGGAAGCUGCCUUUAGUGUGCCAGCGGUGAAACGCGCCUGCAAUCUAGACUUACGUAGAGAAGUGAAGGCCGUAGUCGUGUGGUUUUAUAGUGUCAAACAGCCAAAAUGUCCUGCUUUGUACUGCUGUUGCUGCUACUGCUGCUGUGAUCUCGCAUUUCUUUUAGACGGUGUACUAGCAUUAGCCUCUAAGGUCCUUGCUUUUGCUGUCUCUGUGCUGGUAAUUUGUCUUUCUUAAAACCUAAAACAAAGCAGGAGUGAGACGUACUCGGCUGACUUUGCAGAACAACCAAACAGAUUGUACGUGUCCGUAUUUUAGCUGCGAAAACAAAUAAGGAUUUAUUUUUUUUUUUAGAAGUUCAAGUCUGUCUUAAUCAACCUUGUGCAGGGAAUGCAGUGAAUAUCUGUUUAAAGUUAGCUCAAAGCCUCUCUUCAGCUCCCCCUCUUCAGUUCAUAGGUGGCAUCUAAAGCUUUACUGUGGCUCUUUAUUUUUCUUUCUUCAUAUUCGAGGCGCUGCGAGAUUAGGAACAUGGGUGAUUUCGCUGACAUCAGAUGCGUCGUCUCUUGUUCGAAUCACCUCGGCCUUAAACUCUUAAUCUCGGCCCAGUCGCCUUUUCCUUUAUUUGCACAUUGCACCGUCCCUCUCUCAUGGCUCCUUUCCACAAACACGCUCACUCGUGCACAAAACGUCCAUAUUAUUUGCUUGUUAUCUCACAGCCACGUCAUCUUAAAACCCCCACACGAGGGCCAGAAUGUACGCUGAAUGAAAUGAACACGACCACAUGUUUGUGACUGAUGCCUUUUUUUGUUUCUUUUUUUUUUUUCUUUCCACGACACUCUUUCUCGGUUUGGUUGAAUGUUGAUGGUGAUGGGCUCUUCGCCUUCGAUGCCGGCUGAAUGAACUGAAGGGUCCCUUUUCCAGAGGGGGGGGAAAUGCUUCUUCUUUGUGGUCCUGAGCUUUGAGGGAGGGGGGGAGAAAGCUGAACAUAACAGUGGGGUGAGUCUGCCUAAAAGGCCUUUUUCAGCUUUUGGGAUCAUGAUACAGUGAAAAUAUUUUGUGGCAGAUGGUUGCAGGAUAUUCCUCCAUCGACGUAACUCAUGAUGAAACUAUUCUCCAUGGUGGAGUUUUUCCUUUUCUACCUGUUCUUUCAUUGUAAAAAAAAACAGCAUUAGCGUACCUGUUGUUGCCUCAGAAUAUUAGAUGUGUACCAUGCCUUUACAAGCAUCUCUGUGCUUUGACUCCAGUGGGCUUCAUCAGCUCUGCUCUGCCUUGCUUUUUGGGCGACUCACCCCCACCCUGACUGAGUGAGAUGUGAUUGCUACUAUAGGCUUAUACAAUACUGUACAUAAGAGUUCACUCUGUGAGUGCACAUUUGAUAAAGUUUAUUUAUUUAUAUGUAAGCAUUUAAUAAUAAACAGACAAUAUAUUUAAAACCUUGGCAAGACCUGAAAUGUCGGUGGCUCGAACCCACACAUACACACUAGUUUGCAAAGUCUUGCCUGUGCUCUUGUCAGGGAGGGAAUAUUUUUAAAAAAAUAAAGGAUGAUUCUGUUGUUUAGGGACUUUUUUGUAAAAAUAAUCCAGACAUCCUUGCAUGAUGACAUAUUGGGGGUUUCCAGGUUUGGCUGCACUUGAGUUCACUUGGGUUUACAUUUGAAAUGUGCAUGUGUAUUUAUACACAAUCUUCAAUAAAGUUGUGUAAAGCUUC